UAUGACUCUGCCUGCAAAAUAAACUUCCAAUUUGAUAGUAAUAUUGAAUUUCAGAUAAAAAAUUAAUUCGUACCUGAGCUCUAAAUUAUUAACAAUCUGCUAACAUGGAAAAUUGUAAUAUGGUAAAAUAUUUUCUUCUCCUUUGUGUAGCUAAAUCUAUAACGAAAAUAUUAUGCAAUUUCCGUACCCAAUAGUAACAAAUAAGCUAUUAAGCCUUUUGUAUUUUAAAUAAAUUUUGUACUAAUUAGAUACUGUGUUACGUUUUGACAAUGGAUAAAUGAUUCACAUCCUCACCAUUGUGCCAAAUAUACGUAUAUAUAGUUGGAUCCAAAGCUUCUCAGUCAGUAUUCAUUCUCUACUGGCAUUAAGACGUAUCGACAACACAGGUUCUUGCAAACAUGCAGUGUUCAUACUUCAUUUUACUUGCUGUAGUGUGCACAGCACAUCCUAUUUUGUCGAUGACAUUAAAGGAGAUUAAUGAUGCUUGUAUGAAAGAGCAUAACUUUGAUGGCGAUUUAGGAAAAAUGAAUUAUAAUGACCCUGCAUUUCCAAAAGAAGCUAAGUGUACGUUGGCCUGUACAUUUGAGAAAGAGGGUGUGCUAAAACCAGAUGGAUCUAUCGAUAAGCAAAAGGAUAAAGAGGCUCUUGAAGAAAUUGUGAAAGAUGAAGAGCUUAAAGCAAAGUUGUUGGUAGCAAUCGAAGAAUGCGGUGUUACAGCGAAAGCAGAUAAAUGUGAAACGGCGUACGAGUUUGUAAAAUGCAAGAAAGCAAAGACUGGACAACAUUGAAUAUGACGACGGAAGGC